AGGGAGGGAGGCAGAGAGAGGUAGUGCAGUUACGCAGAGUGAUCCAGGAGUGAGUGAGGCGACAGAGCGGAGGUGACAGCGGAGAAUGGAGAGGAGCCCGUCCGCCCGGCGAGCUUUGACCGCGGCGAGCGAGGAGAACCCACUCGGCCCUUUCUUUCUGGAGCAAGCGCGCUGAAAGAAACCAGGAGGGAAUUACCAGGGGGGCAAAGGAAAGGAAUGGCUGAUCCUCUGCGGAGGACUUUACUAGCGAAACUCCGGGGGAAGAAAUCCAAGAAAGGAGCGACAGUCGGCGGUGGAUACGGCUCUGCUGCUGCUGCUGCUUCUGCGGCGAAUGGGGGCCGAGAAGCUUUCAUUGAGACUCUCCAGUCCAACGGCAGGGAGUUGGGCCGGGCCUGUGAGUCUCCAACAUGGCGGCCUCCGCUCACCACCAUCACGGUCUCCAAGAAACGCAACUGGCUGCAGCAGAGCUCCCUCGGGAAGAAUCACUGCACCAAGGACGAGCAGCAGGGAAUGCUGGGAGCUGAGGAGGAGGGUGUCCAGAGCUCCCAUCAGCCACCACCUCCUCCCAGUCCUUCCCCAGACCACCUGAGACCCUCAGGGGGGACCACAGCACGGCCGGUCCGCCUGCACCUGCCUCAGGUCAGUGUGGGUCAGGCCAAGGUAUCCUCCCAUCCUCGGAACGUGGACCCCACCGAAGAGAAUGACGCUGACGACGAAGGAGAGAUCUGGUACAACCCGAUCCCUGAGGAUGACGAGCCAGAGACAUCCCACCGACCCUCCGUUCAGCUACUGGUUCCCUCUCGAGUCGAGCCCCAGAGGAGGCCGAGCAGAGGGGCAGAUGUGGGUCACGGCGGCAGGAACCUUGGGGUUAGCAGCGGUGGCGGCGGCACCGGGCUAGAGGCACUCGGAGAGAGCCUCUGCGUUGUAGGGGGAGGAGGAGGAAUGGGAGAUGGGAGUCAGGGGAAUGCUGCACAUUCCAUAGAGGCUCCACAUCUGCACAGACAGAUGCUUGCGUGUAAACCCCAGGAGGAGGGGGGGGCUUCCACCAGCAGAGCCACAGAUGUUCUUGACCUGCCCAACGCCGUCAGCUCCCCUCCUUCAAGCCCAAAUCCUGCCAAGAAGAGCAGCUCCAUCAAUUGGUCCUUCCCAGACAAGAUUAAGUCCCCACGCACUGUGAGGAAGAUUUCCAUGAAGAUGAAAAAGCUCCCAGAGCUUAGCCGGAAACUGAGCGUCAAAGGGACUCCAAGCAGUGCCAACAGCAACAACGGAGGCAAUCAGGUAGAGCCCAGAGCCCAUUCGCCAAAAACCAACGGCAGUGGGUCGGAGUCUGCGCCUCGUCCCUCAGGCCCUCCCAGGCUAGCUGCAUCCGGGGGUGGGCAGGCCAGCCGAAACGUGAUAUCACGCUACCACUUGGACAGCAGCGUUUCCACACAGCAUAGCUUCAACAAGAAGAAAAGUAACGGCAGCUCGAAGUCAGCCAGUAAAGGAGGCUACCUCAGCGAUGGGGACUCACCAGAGCUGGUGGCCAAAUCUGGGAAGCACGGCUCUGCUGAGGGGAAGGGAGGGAAGGCAAAGGAGAUGGAGGGAGGAGGCUCCAAACUGAAUGGAACGGAGCUGGACAUCGAUGCUUUCCGCCAUUACAGCUUCACAGAGCAGCCAAAGUGCAGCCAGUUCAUUUCUGGACUGAUGAGUCUGCACUUUUACGGAGCAGAGGACCUCAAACCUCCACGAAUUGACUCUCGAGAUGUCUAUUGCGCCAUCCAAGUGGACUCAGUUAAUAAAGCACGGACUGCACUCCUCACGUGUCGGACUACCUUCUUAGAUAUGGACCACACCUUCAACAUUGAGCUGGAGAAUGCCCAGCACCUGAAGCUGGUGGUGUUCAGCUGGGAGCCAACGCCACGACGAAACCGCGUCUGCUGCCAUGGCACUGUGGUUCUCCCUGCGCUCUUCCGGGUGACACGAUGCCACCAGCUGGCAGUGAAGCUGGAGCCGCGUGGGCUGAUCUAUGUGAAGCUCAGUCUGAUGGAGCAGUGGCAGAACUCCCUGGAUGGUGGACUGGACGGAGAAAGGGAGCCGCAGGUGUUUGGUGUGGAGUUGUGGCGGGUGGUGGAGAGGGAGAACAUGGGACUGAUGGUGCCGCUGCUCAUAAGCAAGUGCAUCAAUGAGAUCGAGAAGAGAGGCUGCCAGGUGGUGGGACUCUAUCGUCUGUGUGGAUCUGCAGCAGUGAAGAAGGAGCUGCGUGAGGCGUUCGAGAGGGACAGCGAGGCCUUGGAGCUGUGUGAAAACACCUAUCCUGACGUUAAUGUCAUCACAGGAGUGCUGAAGGACUACCUGCGUGAGCUGCCCUACCCUCUUAUCACCAAGCCUCUUUAUGAAGCAGUGUUGGAGUCCAUGGCGACAAGGCCUCUGCGGAUAGGAGCGUCAGGCUGUGAGAACGACCAAGCCGACUCUGAACACACAGUCAGCCUGCUGGAGAACCUACCGGAGGUGGAGAGGAUGACACUUCAGAGGCUUCUCAACCACCUGAAGUUGGUAGCGUCUUACCAGGAGGCGAACAAGAUGACAUGUCAGAACCUGGCGGUGUGUUUCGGCCCUGUGCUGCUCAGCCAGCGUCAGGAGGCAUCGUGCCACACCAACCGGGUCUUCAUCGACUCCGAGGAGCUGGCCAGUGCGCUACACUUCAAGAAACACAUCGAAGUCCUGCACUACCUGCUGCAGCUCUGGCCAGUUGUGGACCCAUACAGCCAGUCCUCCUCCCAGCCCCCUGCAGCCUCUUCUUCUCCUCUCUCAUCAGACCAGCAGUCAGCUCCUCCACUGCGGCGAAGGAAAGAGCGCCCCCAAGUCCUGAACCUUUCGGAGGCAGAAAUGGCCGGUGUCCUACGUCCUAAACCAGGACGCCUUGACAGCCCAAGCAACCGUUAUGCCGGUGACUGGAGCGGCUGUGGAGAGCGCUACUUCCCCUGUGACAUGCUGCUGCUUCCCAGCAAAGAGGAGGCGGACUAUGACGACGUGCCCUCUGAGGACACGGAGGCAGCUGAGGAGGCGCAGGACAAGGUUGGGGACACAGACGAAGACAAGGGGCAGAAUUUUAGUACCCCUGUGUCUGAUCCUAUUGAAGAGGAGCAACCUCUGGGACAAGAGGUGGUGGCAGAGGAGGAGGAAGAGGAGAAAGAGGAGGAGGAGGAGAGGCAAGAAGAGAGUGACAGUUCAGGCAAUGGGCAGCUGUUAGAGGACAAGGAGGAGGACAGGGUUUGUGAACACAUCCUGCCUCCUCGUCUGCCCAAAGAGCACACGUACCAGGCCUACAUGAAGAUCCAGGACAUCAGCCCCGUGCUGAGCAACAGGGUCAACCUGAGAGACCUGCAGGAGAGCAUCGACACUCUGAUCGGAAACCUGGAGAGAGAACUCAACAAGAACAAGCUCAACGUCGGAUACUGACUCCACUCACACACCUGUAGAGUUUGACUAAGUUUGGAGAGGACGUUCUUUACUGAUCAAGGUGCUUCAGGAUACAGACUCAGUGUUUUAGUGGAGUUACUGUGCUGUCAACAUGGCAGCAUACAAGGGUGCUGCUGUAAAAUAUCUAAAGGACGAGUUAAGAGGAAAUGUAUCGGGCACUUCUGGCAUUAGUAUCUUAUCUACUGACAUUCCAUAACAUUUGUUUUAUUUUUAUUUUGUCAGCUGUCGAACUUUAUGUCGUUUCGUUUCAGUCUGGUUCUGUGUUUCAUGUUAUUAUUGUUGCUUCUCUUCUUAUUAGAAGAACCCAUUAACCCCGCAGGGGUUUAAAAGGUGCCUUAAUUGUGUGAAGGUGGUACGUCAAGAGGAAAAUCCACCCUGAAAUAAAAUGUGUCCUCUCUUAAGUUCAUAACAUUGUUAGCUACCAAGAGAUAACUCUGCCGGGACAGGAGGAGUUGUUCUUACUCUGAAAACAAUUACAGUAUUGAAAUUACGAGGUACAAAUCCACCAUUGGUGCUAUGAAGCUUUUAAACUGUGAGCCUAUUGCCAACAUCGCUGUAGAGCAACAUUGCUGAUAGAAAAAAAAAAACUAUUGUGAUACUAAAAUUUAGAGUUGUUCUGGUUUUCCUCAAAGUAUUUCCUUGGAAGGCUUCUGAGGCAGAAUUUAGUCAUACAUAUUUUCAAACCAGUGCAGUGGUAGGAAAAAUCUUGGAUAUAAGCUGGAUGCUUCAACUGUCAAGGAUUGGUUUCUUACAAAAAUACAAGUAAGGGUAAUUACAUUGAUUAAACAAUGUUGAAUAUUGUAAGCAGUGUUUAAUCAAUCAAACAGAAGAGGUAUGUGUAUAUUUUGUUUCAGGGUGGUUUUCCUUUUUAAGGCAGCGGAGAACUUUUCUAUUUAGGUAUGAAACACUAAAUGUUGUACAACAAUUAUGCACUUAUGAGGCAGACAGUAGUGUAGAUUGUCAUUAUAGCUCAUGCAGUUAAAGAUAAUGAACUGACUUAAAGGAGAAACAGUCAGAACUCUUUUAUUACAGAUAAAUAUAAACCCAUAUGGCUUGUAAUGUACUUACUCUUUCCAAAUUGCAAGAUAUUUUUACCGGCCCCAUUUGGAGGAAGUUUGCCUCUAAAUUUCCUUGCUAAAAUCUGGAUGAAAGAUAACCAAUAUAAUGUUUAUAUGCUAAUAAUGAAAAAUGAGACAGAAGAAUUUUAGCUUAUCUUUAUCAAGACUGAGAGCAGGUAAGAAAACAGCUACCAUGUCAAAUGUAAGCAGCAGCCUUAGAGGCGAAUAAUGAAGCAAACACAGAGGUGACAAAAACUGCAGUUCCCCCAAGUGGCCACUUGAGGCUAGUUCCGAAAGUGUGUUAACCCCAUAGACCCCCAUGUUUAAAAAGACUGACCUAACAGCACCAUUAAUCGUGUUUACAGCUUGGUUUUAAAAUGUUGUUUGGAUCAAAAGUAAUUUAUCUACCAGUCUUUAUAUCUGUUUAAGGGCUGAGUCACCUUCAGAGUCUGCCUCAAGUGGCCACUCCGGGAACUACAGUUUCUGCUCUUCAGUGUUUUUGAUACUUUAGUUGCAGAGGCUGCCACCAUGCUUCAAGCUUAGCUAACGUGACACUGGUGUUUCUUUCCAGCUACAUUGUUUCCCUGUAAAAUAAAUGAAUAAUCCCAGGAUUCAAACUAUCUCUUUAAAAGAACACUAAGCAGUCACCUUUCCAUUUCUCCUGGCUUUUUUUUUUUAUCAUUUUUAAUUUCCUUCUCUCUUUUUAAAUUUUUUUUUAUUUAGCAAAACCGUGAAAUAAUGGCAAUGUGAAGCACAACUGUCAGAAAAGCAGUGGAAACUGUUAGCAGAGGGUACGACUUAGCUAGCUGCCGAAGUUGACAAAGGCCGUUUUGAGAAAUCCAGGGAUUCAGAAUGAUCAGUAUUUAACCUAUAUGUAUAUGUACAUAAUAAUAUAAAUGUAUUCGGAGUAUAUUAUUUUUACAGCUUCUAUUUCAAUGGCGUAUUUAAAUACUUCUGAUGACCUCUUAGUGUUGACUUGUAGCAAUAGUUGCUUUUCCUCCCUUCAAGCUACCUGUACACAUGUUUAUGUGCUGGACUAAUGGUACAACUUUAGCUGUAAAAUAUAUGACAAAAUCAUGCUCUUGCAGAAAAAGUGACAUUGUUAUUUUUAUCGUGUUGUGUAUAUAUUUGACAUUGUUUUGUGUCUCUGGUGGACUAAGCUGUGUUCAUGAUUUUCUGGUGUUUUUUUUAAGGUACUGAACGUUGCAUGGUCAAAAGCUUUACUGACGCAAACAAGGCUCUCUCUCGUCUGCCUUUGUAUUUGAUAUUUAUGUGUAAAAAGAUGUAUUUUGCCAUGUACGUCAUAUGUCACACUGUUCCCUCAUUAGACAGAUGACUGCAUUCAUCAAGCUUUUCUCCAGAGGACUGAAGGCAGGUGGUGAUCAGGUUUAGGGAAAUACUGCACCUGACAGGGACACAACAGAACUGUCCAAACCGCAUGUAAAAUUAAAGACUCACUCUUGUUCUAGCUUGUAGCUGUGUAGUCCAGUCUGCAUUUCAAAUUAUCAGCACCAGUCUUGUUUCAGAAAUGUAAUUGGUCUGUAGGUGAAUGGAAAACAAAGAUGCUUGCAUGCUUGCAUGCUUGCAUGCUUGCAUUGUCAACAGCAUCUUUCUAUUUAUUUAAAAAACAAAAGAAACUGACCAAACAUAGAGUGAACCCAGUUGCAGACUCUUGUUCCUGGAAAGAGACUCUUAAGGAGUCCCUGUAUGAUCAACAUUUGGUGUUUCGAUUCUUUGAUCUCUAAAAUGUUCACAUUAUUUUGUAAUGCCGUUCCACACCCAAAGCUCCUCUGUGGCAUCUAUUCACAGUCCUGCUGCUUCAUGGUGAAGCUGGUGCUGUCAGUCUGAGCGUUUGGUGAAAGUGACUUCCAGCAGGGAUCCUUUCGAACCAUCUGUCACCCAGACAAACAAACAAACAAAAUAAUAACAACAACAAACUUGGGGCUAUUUCUCCAGUAGAAAAACCAACAUUGAGUUUGAUUGCAUGCAUGUAAUAUUAUGAAAUUUUAAUUGGAUUUCAGCCCUCAAACACUUUAACUUUCCAAUCUGUAAGCAAGCCUUUCACUACACUCUUCCUAUCUGACACAACUCAACUCCCACCAAGUAGACAUCUCUGUCACAGUAUUUCAGCAAACACCUGCAUCUAACUGUCUCGUCCUCUUUCCUUGGGGAAGAAAAUGUCCCAUCACUACACAAAACAGAAAAGUGCUUUGUAUUGAUCCUGAGUAACUGUAUGGUCAUAAUAAAGUAUAUUAUUUUACAUCAUGA